AUGACGCGUCCUGAUACAGCAGAGAGUUACUAUUGGGAUGAGACGCCACCACCCCCAACUCCAGUGCACAAGAAUAAAUCCCCACCUCCAACUCCACUGCACAAGUCACAACCACCACCACCACCAACCCCAGGGCACAAGAAUAAGUCGCCUCCACCUGUUCACAAACCUACACCAAUGUACAAGAAUAAACCACUUCCACAACCCACACCAGUUUCCAAGUAUAUGUCUCCACCACCUCCUACAACAGUUCAUAUGCAAAAAUCACCACCACCAACCCAUGUAUACAAGCUUAACUAUGCACCACCUCCUAAGAGACUUCAUAUGUACAAAUCACCACCACCAACCCAUGUAUACAAGCAUAAGUGUCCACCACCUCCUUCGACAGUUCAUAUGCACAAAUCACCACAACCCUGUAUACAAGCAUAA